GGGUGUGUGUCUGUCGCCGCCUGAGGAAGAUGAGGCUGAAGAUUGGGUUCAUCUUACGCAGUCUGCUGGUGGUGGCAAGCUUCCUGGGGCUAGUGGUCCUGUGGUCUUCCCUGUCCCCGCGGCCGGACGAGCCGAGCCCGCUGAGCAGGAUGAGGGAAGACAGAGAUGUCAAUAACCCCAUGCCUAACCGAGGAGGCAAUGGAUUAGCUCCCGGGGAUGACAGAUUCAGACCUGUGGUACCAUGGCCUCAUGUUGAAGGAGUAGAAGUGGACUUAGAGUCUAUUAGAAGAAAAAACAAGGCCAAAAAUGAACAAGAGCACCGUGCUGGUGGAGAUUCCCAGAAAGACAUAAUGCAGAGGCAGUAUCUCACAUUUAAGCCUCAGACAUUCACCUACCAUGAUCCUGUGCUACGCCCCGGGAUCCUCGGAAACUUUGAACCCAAAGAACCUGAGCCUCACGGAGUGGUUGGUGGCCCUGGAGAGAAAGCCAAGCCGUUGGUUUUGGGACCAGAAUUCAAACCUGCUGUUCAAGCCAGCAUUAAAGAGUUUGGAUUUAACAUGGUGGCAAGUGACAUGAUCUCACUGGACCGCAGCGUCAGUGACUUGCGUCAAGAAGAAUGCAGAUACUGGCAUUAUGAUGAAAACCUGCUGACUUCCAGUGUUGUGAUUGUCUUCCAUAAUGAAGGGUGGUCGACGCUUAUGAGAACAGUCCACAGUGUCAUUAAAAGGACUCCAAGGAAAUACUUAGCAGAAAUCGUGUUAAUCGAUGAUUUCAGUAAUAAAGAACACUUAAAAGGAAGACUAGAUGACUACAUUAAGCUGUGGAACGGCCUAGUGAAGGUAUUCCGAAAUGAGAGAAGAGAAGGUUUAAUUCAAGCACGAAGUAUUGGAGCUCAGAAGGCUAAGCUUGGACAGGUUUUGAUAUACCUCGAUGCCCACUGUGAGGUAGCAGUUAACUGGUAUGCACCACUUGUAGCUCCCAUAUCUAAGGACAGAACUAUUUGCACUGUGCCGCUUAUAGAUGUCAUAAAUGGCAACACAUAUGAAAUUGUACCCCAAGGGGGUGGUGAUGAAGAUGGGUAUGCCCGAGGAGCAUGGGAUUGGAGUAUGCUCUGGAAACGGGUGCCUCUGACCGAGCGAGAGAAGAGAAUGAGAAAGACAAAAACUGAACCAUAUCGGUCUCCAGCCAUGGCUGGUGGAUUAUUUGCCAUCGAACGAGACUUCUUCUUUGAAUUGGGUCUCUAUGAUCCCGGUCUCCAGAUUUGGGGUGGCGAAAACUUUGAGAUCUCAUACAAGAUAUGGCAGUGUGGUGGCAAAUUAUUGUUUGUCCCUUGCUCUCGUGUCGGACACAUCUACCGUCUUGAGGGCUGGCAAGGCAAUCCUCCGCCCAUUUAUGUUGGGUCUUCUCCAACCCUAAAGAAUUAUGUUAGAGUUGUAGAGGUUUGGUGGGAUGAAUACAAAGACUACUUCUAUGCUAGUCGUCCUGAAUCAAAGGCAUUACCGUACGGGGAUAUAUCCGAGCUGAAAAAAUUUCGCGAAGAUCACAACUGCAAAAGUUUUAAAUGGUUCAUGGAAGAAAUAGCUUACGAUAUCACUUCACACUACCCUUUACCACCCAGAAAUGUGGAGUGGGGAGAGAUCAGAGGUUUUGAAACUGCUUACUGCAUUGACAGCAUGGGGAAAACAAACGGAGGCUUUGUUGAACUAGGACCCUGCCACAGGAUGGGAGGGAAUCAGCUUUUCCGAAUCAAUGAAGCUAAUCAACUCAUGCAGUAUGACCAGUGUUUGACAAAGGGUCCCGAUGGAUCAAAAGUUAUGAUUACACACUGUAAUCUGAAUGAAUUUAAGGAAUGGCAGUACUUCAAGUCAUUCAUACAGGUUUUCCUACACAUUGGUCCAUAUUGAAGCAUCACUUUCUAUUCUCUGGUGGAGUAUUGCCCUGUAAUGAGGUUUGAAUGACUUCCGGGAAGGCCCCCUGCUGAUUUCAGUGACACGGGACGGUCAGUGUUCCGUGAGGCAGUCAGCACCACCACUGCAGUAUCAAAACCUAGGUUUUAAAAUCUAAAUGAGUGAUUCGUUAAAGUAAGAUACACACACGUUUACACCAUAAACAUCUUUGGUUUAUAUUUCAUGUCAUCCAGCAGGUGGAGACAGAGACAGACAAGUGAAAACGUUGGCCAUCUAGGCCUUCACAACUUCCUUCGCAUCGUUGUUCUCUAAAUAAAGCAGGAUAGAUGUAGCAGUUGUGGACUUGAAAGGCCAGUUUUAGUUUUUCAUUUGACACUGGCUGGGGCAGUUUUUCUAUUUCAGGUGUGAGUAUUAAAAGUUCUGUGGCAAACUGAGGAUUCCAACAUAUUAACACAUCUAUGUAUAGUUUCCAAAGUCCAGACUUGGGUAAAAUAAAUCAAUUUAUGUGAAACAAAAAGUUAGAAAGCUGCCCCAAACUGAAAUCACCUGGCGGCCCUCGGCUUUAUUUAUUCAUCUCAUGUUUGUUACCAUACUCCAUCUGCUAGGUAAGCAUGUGUUUGCUAUGUAGUAAUGAUGUUAUGACCCCUAUGGGGCAGCUCCCCUCUGUCCUGUAGGGUCGCUAGGAGUCGGAAUUGACUUAACAGCAACGGGUUUGGUUUUAGAUUUUUAUAUAGAGGUCAGUACUAUCUGUGGUUUCAGGCAUCCACUGUGGGUCUUGGAACGUCUCCCCCAUGGAUACGGGGGGACUGUUGUAAAAUAGUAAACGAAAGCUAUCAGACCAGAAACUACUAUCAAGAAGUAAUAGAUAAAAAUGGAAUGUACAUAUUUUAGAUAUUUUAAAGGACACAGCACUGAAUAGUCAUUAAUGCAUUAGAUAUUAUUAAAUAUUGACUGGGGCCCAGCAAUGGGUGGACUCUGUGGAGGUUCAGAAAGUAGCUAAAGCACAUUAUACUGUAAUGGCAAAAGAGAAGAAAAAUGUAGAAAUAAAAAUAACCAAAUACCAUAGGGAGGAAAAGAGACAGUAGGAGGAAUUAUUUCUGAUGAGUUUCCCAGUGAAAAUACCAUCACACGAUGUUUUGAGGUAUAAAAAGGCUUUCCAUGGAGGAUAAAUAUGGAAGCUGGAUGAACAAAGACAUGGCAUGAUAGUAGAACACUCUAGGAAUCACGGUUAGUUUGGUAUCCCUAAUUUGUAUACCAUAUGAUAGAGCAUUAAACUUCAUUUUGCAACUUUUGGAGGGCAUCUGACAUUAUUUGAGGAAGGCAGUGAUAGGAAAGAACUGAUAUGUUUGGAAAAUAAUUCUGGAAACAUUGUGAAGUAUAGUUUGAUGAAACAAGGAGAUCAGCUAGAGCAGCACUUCUCAAACUUUUUGGCCUCUGGAUCCCUUUACACUCUUAGAAUUGGUUGAGAAUCCACCCCACACACCCUCCCCGCAGACAGCUUUUGUUUAUAUGAGUUUUACCUAACAAUGUUUCCCAAAUUGGAAAUUAAAUCCGAGAAGUGUUGAAAGUAUUCAUGUAUUAACCAAACCCAUUGCUGUCGAGCCGAUUCCAACUCAUAGCGUCCCUGUAUUAUCUUAUGUAAAAAUAACAAUACCCUCAUUGCAUAUUAAUACAAACAACAUUUUUAACGUGCAGUGCAAUUUGCAGUAAGGAAUCUGAAGCUGUAUCAGUGAACAUCGCCAUUUCGUCUUGUGUACAUUAAAAUCCAUUGGUCUGUCUUACACUUUGAAUGGAUUUUUUUACCCACAUGUGCUUUUAUCACAUGCUUCCUCAUUUAGAAAACAUUGAUUCACUGAGUUAUAUGAAUCUUGACACAUUUCAUUCUACAAUAUCAAAAAGCACAUUCAGGGGUAACUACUGGUCCCAUCAGAAAAGUCUUUAACUGUGGUGAAGCUGUCAAGUUCAUGGUGAUAGAUAUAAGUUUUCCAAAACCCCAGUUUUUGCAUGAAAACAUAGAUUUUAUUAAUGGCAACAAAUACUGUCAGUUUGCUUUUUUCUUUUUCCUUAAAGUGACAGGCUCAUUUCAUUUUUGAGAAAACCUGUGAAAUACCCAAGUCUGAAUAACCAUUACUUGUCUGUAAGUUAUUUCAAGUCAAAAUGGUAUCCCGUGAAAAAACAAGCUAGUUCAGCUCACAACUGAGUCCUACAUGUGCUUCUCCUCUUGAUAACCACCGUCCUUCAUGAUGCAGCAGAAGUGCUUAAUGUGUACUUCCCAGUUCAUCUCAUGGACUACAAAGUAUAUUCAAGGGGUCAAGAUUUAAUAAAAUUAAUGUCUUACUGCUUCAUCAAGGGCAUUCUUAAGUGACACUGGCAUUUUCUUUUAUCACUGUGAGUUUGGGGCAGUGAAGAAUACUCUUGCCAGCACAGGUCGGUACUACUGCCUUGAUUCAUGCUGGAGCCACAGCAGUUUUACCCACCAUUACUUUUGCACCCUCAGUAUAAAUGUGAAAAAGCCAACUAAGGUCUUUGUGUUAUUAUGAAAAUAAUUUUGACCCUAGCAGCUCCUGAAAGGAUCUUGGAUAACCCCAGAGGUCCAAGGACCACACUUUGAGAACCACUGAGCUAUAUACUGAAAAAACUCAUGAUGAGGGCUGAACAAACGCAUCUGUAGGGGGUGAGAAGAGAGAUGUACCAGAGACGUUGUAUAGACUCAUCAGUCCUCAGUGACUGGUGGGAUAUGAAUGAAUGAGGGAAAGCGUGGAGUGAAAUACCUCUGUCUUGAGAACUUGGAAGCUGGUAUUACCAUCAACCACGAUAGGAACUAGAGAAGUAGAUGUGGGGGAAGACAAUGAACCUGCGUUUGUAAACAUUGAAUGUCAGGUCUGAGCAGUACAUUAUGACUUAACAUUAAAAGGAAUUGGAAGGCUAACAAUUGAGAAAUUCAGAGUCUGAAGUAUGGUUGGUAUAAACCUGUCCAAUUUGCUUAGACUGUCUCCUAUGACUUUUAAUGUCAGUGCUAUCAAAAAAGUCCACAUUUAAAACUCUUUUUCCUUCCUGUGUUUUCCAGAACUUGCACAGAUUUACUCACAUUCCUUCAGGAAAGUGCUUAGAUCGCUCAGAAGUCCUCCAUCAAGUCUUCAUCUCCAAAUGCGACUCCAGUAAAACGACACAAAAGUGGGAAAUGAAUAACAUCCACACUGUUUAGAAA